UGACUGAACGACCCCUCGAUUGGUAUCAUUCAGUGAAUUGCAUUGAAUUGAAGACUCCAUUAAUAUAUGAAUUGUUUGUUUGUUUUCUUUCAAACAUUUUUGUCGAUUCAUUUGGUUUAAAGUGAUCGCUGAAGAAGUGGUUAACAAUGAGUGAAAAGAUUGAGUUCAAGACUGUUCCAUACGAUCCAAGAUUUCCUAAUCAAAAUCAGACGAGGAACUGUUACCAGAAUUAUCUGGAUUACCACCGAUGCCAGAAAGUGAAGGGUCAGGACUACGAGCCCUGUCAAUGGUUCAAAUGGGCGUAUCAAGAGUUGUGUCCCAAAACAUGGCAUGAGAAGUGGGACGAACAGAGAGAUAAUGGCAUCUUUGCCGGACGUAUUUGAUUACCACAAAUACAAUCGUCACCACAACUACUAUGACUACCAACUUGUCUUAGAUUUUAAAUUUUAAUUAUUAUUUCAAAUCAAUACUUUAAUUCAAAUUAUAAAACAAAUGUUAGUUUUUAUUAGUAAGUUAUAAAUUGAAUACAAUUUGGUUUACUUGUUAGUCAAAUGGCUAGAAAUUUAUUUAUAU